UAAGUAAAGAGAAGUAUAUUAAAAUGAAAGAGGAAACACCAAACUAGUGUCCUCUAGGAAUACAAAGAGUAUACAAAAGCAGCCCCUCGAUUCAAAACCCCUACCUAUAACAAAAGCCUAGCCACUCAAUAAAGCUAACCAGAGACCGCGGGCUCAAAACUAUAGACAUCCUCGCCCAUGACCACAGAUUGAAAGUAAACCGGCACUUUGAUGGGUUUCUUCAAUUUUGAAAAUUCAAUGGUCUUUAGUAUCUUACAGUUGUUGAAUUUUGAGAUAUCUUCUAUAUAUAUGCCUCUGAAACCAAAUAAACAAGUAAAGCAGGAAGAAGAAGGUUGUACUCCAGCAGUGAAGGUGUUCCCAGCUGGAAAAUUUAUCAUCACAUGGAAGGGUUUUCAAUUCUUGGUUUGGUGUUCGCAACUCUUGCUUUCAUAACAACAGAAUUUGCAUGUAAUGGUGAAAUUCAUUCUGGAAACUGCCUCCAAUCAGAUCGAGAAGCUCUCAUUGACUUCAAAAGUGGUUUGAAAUUUUCAAAGAAAAGAUUUUCAUCGUGGAGAGGAAGUGAUUGUUGUCAAUGGCAAGGAAUUGGUUGCGAAAAGGGUACAGGGGCUGUUAUCAUGAUUGAUCUUCAUAAUCCAGAAGGUCACAAAAAUAGGAACUUGAGCGGAGAUAUUAGACCAUCACUGAAAAAACUCAUGUCUUUGAGAUAUUUAGAUUUGAGUUUCAACUCAUUUAAAGACAUCCCAAUUCCUAAAUUCUUUGGAUCCUUCAAAAAUUUAAAAUAUUUAAACCUAUCAUAUGCUGGCUUUAGUGGUGUGAUUCCUCCAAAUUUGGGAAACCUAUCUAACUUGCAGUAUCUUGAUCUUUCUUCUGAAUAUGAACAGUUGUCUGUUGAUAAUUUUGAGUGGGUUGCUAAUCUUGUUUCCUUGAAGCAUCUCCAGAUGAGCGAAGUUGACCUUUCAAUGGUAGGAUCUCAAUGGGUGGAGGCAUUGAACAAGCUUCCAUUUUUAAUUGAGUUGCAUCUUCCUAGUUGUGGCCUCUUUGAUUUAGGUUCCUUUGUAAGAUCCAUUAAUUUUACUUCACUUGCUAUUUUAAAUAUUCGUGGCAACAACUUUAACUCUACGUUUCCAGGAUGGCUUGUAAAUAUUAGUAGCCUUAAGUCCAUCGAUAUAAGUAGCAGUAACUUAUCAGGAAGGAUUCCACUUGGCAUUGGUGAGCUACCUAAUUUGCAGUAUUUGGAUUUAUCUUGGAAUAGGAAUCUUAGUUGCAAUUGCCUUCAUCUGUUGAGGGGAAGCUGGAAGAAGAUAGAAAUUCUCGAUUUGGCUUCAAAUCUCUUGCAUGGUACAAUUCCAAACUCCUUUGGAAACCUUUGCAAGUUAAGAUAUUUGAAUGUGGAAGGUAACAACUUGACAGGAAGUUUACCUGAAUUUCUUGAAGAAAUAAAAAACUGCAGUUCAAAAAGGCUUUUGCCUAAUUUGAAGAAUUUGAUCUUGCCUCAGAAUCACUUGAUUGGAAAUUUGCCAGAAUGGUUGGGUAAGCUUGAAAAUCUUGAGGAGCUCAUCCUAGAUGAUAACAAGCUGCAAGGUCCCAUCCCUGCUUCUUUAGGGAGAUUGUCUCAACUUGUGGAACUCGGACUAGAGAAUAACAAGCUUCAAGGUUUGAUACCUGCUUCUCUGGGGAACUUGCACCACCUAAAGGAAAUGAGGCUUGAUGGAAAUAAUCUAAAUGGAAGUCUCCCGGAUAGUUUUGGGCAACUUUCUGAAUUGGUUACCUUAGAUGUUUCUUUCAAUGGUUUGAUGGGGACUCUCUCUGAAAAACAUUUUUCAAAGCUAAGUAAGCUGAAGAAGUUAUACUUGGACUCUAAUUCUUUCAUUUUGAGUGUCAGUUCCAAUUGGACCCCUCCUUUUCAGAUCUUUGCUCUUGGUAUGCGUUCAUGCAAUUUGGGUAAUUCAUUUCCUGUUUGGCUUCAGUCUCAAAAGGAGGUUGAGUAUCUUGACUUCUCAAAUGCUAGCAUUUCAGGUUCCUUGCCCAACUGGUUUUGGAAUAUUUCCUUCAAUAUGUGGGUUUUAAAUAUUUCCCUCAACCAGAUACAGGGUCAACUUCCUAGUCUGCUAAACGUUGCAGAAUUUGGAUCUAUUGACUUGAGUUCUAACCAGUUUGAAGGUCCCAUUCCUCUUCCAAACCCUGUGGUUGCAUCUGUUGACGUAUUCGACCUAUCAAACAAUAAGUUUUCUGGUUCUAUUCCACUCAAUAUAGGUGACUCAAUCCAAGCCAUACUCUUCCUUUCUCUUUCGGGUAAUCAAAUAACAGGAACCAUCCCUGCUUCUAUAGGAUUUAUGUGGCGCGUUAAUGCCAUUGAUCUUUCAAGGAACAGAUUGGCAGGAAGCAUCCCUUCAACCAUAGGGAAUUGCUUAAACCUAAUUGUUCUAGACCUUGGGUACAACAAUUUGUCUGGAAUGAUUCCAAAGUCUUUGGGUCAAUUAGAAUGGCUUCAGUCGCUUCACCUUGACCAUAACAAUCUCUCUGGAGCGCUCCCAGCAUCUUUCCAAAAUUUAUCGAGUUUGGAAACCCUUGAUCUCAGUUACAACAAGCUGUCCGGUAAUAUUCCAAGAUGGAUUGGAACUGCCUUCAUGAAUCUUAGAAUCCUUAAGUUGAGGUCAAAUGAUUUUUCAGGAAGGCUUCCUUCUAAGUUUUCAAAUUUAAGUUCAUUACAUGUCUUGGACCUUGCAGAAAAUAAUUUGACUGGUAGCAUUCCCAGUACCCUGAGUGAUCUUAAGGCAAUGGCUCAAGAAGGAAAUGUGAACAAGUAUCUAUUUUAUGCGACGUCGCCUGACACUGCAGGAGAAUACUACGAAGAAAGCUCAGAUGUGAGUACAAAAGGCCAAGUCCUAAAAUAUACAAAGACUCUUUCCCUUGUUGUUAGCAUUGACCUUUCCAGCAAUAAUUUAAGUGGAGAGUUUCCAAAGGAAAUAACAGCAUUGUUUGGAUUGGUGAUGCUGAACUUGUCAAGAAACCAUAUCACUGGCCAUAUUCCAGAAAACAUUUCAAGGUUGCAUCAAUUAUCAUCUCUGGAUCUAUCAAGUAAUAUGUUUUUUGGUGUUAUUCCUAGAAGCAUGUCUUCACUCUCAGCUUUGGGUUAUUUGAACCUAUCAUACAAUAACUUCUCAGGUGUGAUUCCUUUUAUAGGGAAAAUGACAACUUUCAAUGCGUCAGUAUUUGAUGGAAACCCAGGCCUUUGUGGAGCUCCACUUGAUACAAAAUGCCAAGGCGAGGGUAUAGAUGGAGGGCAAAAGAAUGUUGUGGAUGAAAAGGGCCAUGGCUACCUUGAUGAGUGGUUUUACUUGAGUGUUGGGUUGGGGUUUGCAGUUGGUGUUUUAGUUCCCUUUUUCAUUUGUACAUUUAGCAAAUCUUGCUAUGAAGUCUAUUUUGGUUUUGUAAACAAAAUUGUGGGCAACUUGGUGCGGCUGAAGAGGAGAGCAAAUCGUAGCUAAAACUGAAGGCAUGCAGUUACAAUGAUUGUAUGUAUACUUUGUGUGAACUUACAAUAAAUUAAAUAUUGUAUGUAAUUUUAUGUUGUACUUUGUGUAAGCUUACAAUAAUCUUGAUUUGGAAAGCAAUUCAUCAAAUCUGUGAAGAAAAA